AUGCCAGUCAGCAGCGCCGCCCGCGACAUGGUGCAAGAUGGCUGCGAGUACAGUCGGUUCAGAAGGACACCUUCUGUGGCCAGCUUGUCCAAGGAGUUUAAUUUGAAGCUACACCAUCAAACGAAACAUCGCGAAUUUGGUAGCAAAUGUUCUGAAGAAGAACGCAAGAAAAAAGCCACGGAGUAUGUUGCAAAGCUCAAGAAACAACAGCCAUCCAGGAUAGUGCAACAGAGGCGGACUGUCGUGCGGCGCAUAGAGGUCAUCAACGAUGAACUCACACACCAGCUGGACACUGCAAGCCGUGAUUUUGUGUGGUAUUCACUGGCAUUAGAUGACAGCACAGAUAAUGAAGACACCGCACAACUGCUCAUCCUUAUCCGUGGAAUUGACAGUACUUUUACCAUCACAGAAGAAUUGUUAAGCAUGGAAUCAAUGAAAAAUACAACUGGUCAGGACUUGUUUGAGUGUGCAGUGGACUGUGUGGAAACAAGAGGAUUGUCAUGGGAUAGGAUGGCCAGUAUCACCACAGAUGGAGCCAAAUCAUUCACUGCCAAAAACAAAGGAAUGGUGAAACUUUCGAAAGACAAAUUAACAACUGAAAAUCCAGGCAGUGAUGUUUUAUCAUUCCACUGUAUUUUGCAUCAAGAAAGUUUGUGCAAAUCAGCACUGGAUAUUAAGCACGUGAUUGAACCUGUGAUAAGUGUUGUGAAUAUUAUUAAAUCAAAAGCGCUCAAACACCGGCAGUUUAAGUCUCUGCUGGAGGAUUUGGAGGCAGAAUAUGAAGACGUUCUUUACCACAACAAUGUUAGGUGGUUGAGUCUGGGCAAAGUGCUUAAAAAAGUCUGGGCAUUGAGGGAGGAAAUCAUUGUUUUCCUGGACAUGAAGGAAAUUUCUUGUGAAUUCAAAACCAAAAUGGGGUGUGAAGAGUAG